AUUACUAUGUGCUUCAUCACUAUCUCAAAGCAUGCAGAUCACGGAAUCAGUUCCUGCACUGUUCACUCCAAUGAGCCUCGAACUGUUGGAGGCUGCAAGGUCGGGCGAUACCAACAUACUUGGAACGAGCAUCCCUGACGUCCAUGUGACGGCUGGAGGGAACUCGAUGCUUCACAUCGCAGCCAAGAAGGGACACACCGAUUUCUGCAAUGAAGCCCUCGACCUACAACCCUUUCUCCUCCAGUUGAAGAACGCACGAGGUGACACUCCAUUGCACGUCGCCGCGAGGGCAGGCCAUCACCAGGUAGUGAAUGACCUCAUCUCUACUGCCUCUGAAAGGAGCGCGCAGGGCGACGACGGAGUGGGUUCACUAGUCCAGAUGGCAAACGACGUUGGUAACACUGCCUUGCACGAGGCGGUACAGAACGGCCAUGAACAGGUCGUCGAUGCACUAGUGGCGAAGGCUCCAGGUGUGUCCGCGGUGACCAACAACGUCAAUGGCGUGUCGCCACUCUUCAUGGCGGUGGAGUGCGAGUCGGUGCCGAUCGUGCGACGAUUACUGGAGGCGGGCGAGGCGUCAUGCGACGGACCCAACGGGCAGACAGCACUGCACUCCGCCGUCCUUAGGAGCUACAAUAUCACAAAAAUAUUGCUGGAGGAGAGACCAAGGUUAUUGAAGAAAGCCGAUAACAAUGGAAACUCUCCUCUCCACUUUGCUGCCUCGGUCGGUGGUAUUGAAAUGGUAAAACUACUCCUGGAAAAGGAUGCAUCCAUCGCGUCUCUGCAAGACAAUGAUGGUGCCUCUGCAAUUCAUGUUGCUGCUCGUUGCGGGCAUGUAACUACAAUUAAACAUCUCCACGAAGUAUGCCCUGAUUGUGUGGAGCUGAUGGACAAUCAAGGCAGGAGCUUCCUUCAUGUAGCCAUUGAAAAGGAAAGGGAAAUGGUUAUCAGAUAUGUUCUCCGAUCACCGGAUAUCGUUGAUCUUCUAAAUCAGCCAGAUAAAAAAGGUAACACGCCCUUACAUGCAGCUGCGUUAUCUGGAAACUUAGCCAUCACAAGGAUGCUGUCGUCCAAUAAAAACAUUAAGAAAAGAGCAAUGAACAACGAAGGUCAUACCGCUCUUGAUGUCACUUUGCGCAGCACACCCGCAGACCGUGUGUAUACGUCCUCUAUGGUUCUGCUUCUGCUGACCAAUGGUUCACGGUUCAGUCCGCGGCGCCUUGAUGCUAUCACAGAUCGUUUGCUGAUGCAACGAGAAAAAGAUCCUAAAAAUGAGACAUUAUUCGCCAACAACAUGUCCGUUACGGCAGUGCUUGUUGCCACCGUCGCAUUCGCUGCAGCAUUUACUUUGCCAGGAGGCUACAAAAGUGAUGAGAGCAAUGAUCCAGGCAUGCCGAUAUUACUGAAGAGAACUGCUUUCAAAGUGUUUCUGAUAUUUGACACCUUGGCUUUGACAACAUCCGUCCUGGUUCUCCUCCUCCUCCUUCAUGUCGGCUUGGGCAGUAAAAUAUAUAAGAACCGGUAUCUUCCCAAUGCCAGACUGAUGUUGCAGAUCUCACUGGAAGCGUUGAUGGUAGCAUUCGCCAGUGGUUUAUACCCACUCAUUGCGGGCGAAGACUUCUGGCUCUUCAUCCUCAUUUGUGUUUUCAUUUCCAUUUCUUUCCUGUACUUCAUUCUAGAUCAACCUUUGUUUCUGUAUUUUUUCCACUACAUAUGGGGUAAGUGCACCUCCUCAAGCCGGUAAGGGAACUCCAUGACGUUUAUCCUAGCUUACUCAUUUAUGCUAAUGUUCUUCA